GUGACAAUGAGAUCCCAGGGGAGCGACAGAGAGUCCCGGAGAUAAACUUUUGAGACGGUGUCAUAACUGUACACUCUGUCUCAGGACCCUAACGACGUGCAGCGGGGACUACAUGGAGGCUGGACUACUAUUCUUUCACACGUUUCGGGGUGUUUUUUUUCCCGUUUACUUGUUUGUAAUUUUGAUGAGCGAUUCAUUUUCCCCUGCGUGCUCUCAGGAGGGUCGGUUCUAAUUUCUCAAUGUGCUGCGGAGGCUCUCUGAAGUCGGGGGUAGGGAGGGGAAAGCCUGCCUCUUUUUCGUUUAAUUAAGGAGCGACAGCAGAACGUCAGUUAAUGGCAGGUUUACAGAAGCCGCUUCGGCGUCCGAACCAGUUUAGUUACAAAGUUAUAAGCUCAGCAAGAAAACUGUCCGUUUGUUCCUGUUAAUAAUUAGAUAGAACCGAGAACACAACCGAGCAGCUUCUUCGAGGAUUACUUUUUCACAAUUCCCCGGCUGUAAAACACAUUGCACAACUUUUCGGCUUCGCGUUUUAUCCGCCAGCAUGGCUCCCAACUCUCCGGCGGCAACCUGUAUCCCAGCCUUUGAAGUUCAAGCCGUGACUCUCGAGCGUUUUCGGUGGAUUUAUCCAGAAAAUGCGGCGCCUACGGGACGGGCUCGCUUCUUCUGACACUUUCACCCAGCUCGUGUUUGCUCGCACAAUGUGACUGAAAGACGCGGCGGAAUUACGUCUUACUGCAAUAUAAAGCACAAGUCGGAUACACGACCGGGAUUCGAGCCAGCGGAGAGGGAUAGCUACUCCAGUUCAUCUCUAAGGAAAACAACCUGCGAGCGAGGAGAUCUGAGGUUUUGGUGUGAUGCAGAGCGGGGUUUUUGGAAAUCAGUGCACGCUUCAGGUUCCUUCAUGCUGCAUUGGAGUUUCCACCUCUCACUUUAAUAAACACUGGAUGCAGGUUCAUUUAGGCCUGCUAGAUUCUCUACCAUAACCUGCAGUGUUUUAUAUAUAUGUGUAUAUAUUUUAACCCAGAUGCUGAAUGGAAGUUUAAGGAGUUCUAAUGGAAGCCCUUCAUCAUUAACAGUUUGGAUUAUAGCUCAUUUCUUCGGCAGGUAGUUUACUGAGGUAAAAAAAAAAAAUAAAGAAAGAAGAAGUGGGACCUGUUCAUAUAGGCUAGGUUGAUAUUUCUGACAAAGUCCACCAUGUGCGGCCGGGCACCGCCGCUCCAGCCGAGGCCAUGACCGUCCCUCUGCGGCACCUCGCCGGGCUCUGGCCGUGGCUGCUCAUGGCGGCCCUGCAGGUGGUGCUGGGCCAGCCGAGCAUGGAAUCGGGACUCCGAGCGGUCAUCAACGUGACUCUGGUGAAGGAUCCCACGGGGAAGCCCAUCGUUCUGAAAGGGGAGUUCGUGGGAGGAAGUGCAGGCAAUGCGCAAGGGAAGCUGAAGCAGUAUCACCCUGUGUCUCUGUGCAACACAAGCGAGGAUGAACGACAAGACAGCGGCUUCAUCACCAUCGUCAAGCUGGAGCAAUUAGGUCCCCACUGCUCGCCGCUGCUGGAUAAGGCUCGCAUCGCGUUGGAAAGGGGAGCCCAAGCUGUCAUCUUCGACGUCAGCGACGUUGCCAUCGCCGAUGCUGAGCUGAAGAACACAGACUCCCUCCCCCAUCCGGUGGUGCUGAUUAAGGGAGCGGAUGCUAAGAAGCUGAUGAAUCUGGUCAACCACAAUGAGGAGGCCACAGUUGUUAUUGAGGCCAAGGUGGAGCCCAAAUGGCCGCAUUACGAUGUGAGCAUCCUGCUUACCAUUGUCCUGGUUAUCCUCACAAUCGUUCUGAUCUUUGCUUUCCGCUACAAGUGCAAGUCCAACAGAACUUGGGACUCCGUCCAUCAGCAGACAGUGCGGGCCAUCGGUCGGCUGGAGACCAGGAUCUACCGCUCCCAGAGCUGCUCCGGCUCACAGCGCCACCGUGGGGCCUGGGGCUCGGCCAGCAGCUCUAACUCCAGCCCCGUCUGCGCCAUCUGCCUGGAGGAGUUCCAGGAAGGCCAGAAUCUGAGGAUCAUCUCUUGCGCUCAUGAGUUCCACAGAGACUGUGUGGAUCCCUGGCUGAUGCAGCACCGCACCUGUCCUCUCUGCAUGCACAACAUCAUGGGAACGGAGCGUCAGCCUCAGAGAAACAGAAACCAGCAGAGUUCGGAGCAGAGCCAGAGCUUCCUGCACCCGCAGCAGUACAGCAACCCUCACAGCCACCCGUUCCCCCAGCACGCCAUCCCCUUCUCCAUGAGGCCCCACUACCCCCGCGGGCCCUCUGGACCCUACCCCAACCUGGGCCACUACAGCGGCUCAUCUCCUAUGGACGCUCAGACCCUCCACUUCCUCAGCAGCCGGCAGCUGGCGCCCAGCUGCGGGUUCCACCUCCCGGUGGACGUUCCGGGGCGACCCCACAGGCUGGGAGCCAGCUGCCGGACCUCCGCCCAUCACUAUGCGUCGCGCCGCUCCUGCCACACCUACCGCUCCUCCUGUCCGGCCCAGCGGAACGCGUCCGGCUCCAGGCUGCAGCACGGUGCCUCGGCGACGGCGCAGAGCCGUGGCGUGGCGGGCAACGGCCGGCAGGACGAUGGGAGCUGCUCCGGAGGCAGCUACCACACAGAGCGCAGCGGGUACCUGGCAGACGGGCCGGCCAGUGACUCCAGCUCGGGGCCCUGGCACGGCUCCUCCAGUGACUCUGUCCUCAACUGCACGGACGUGUCCCUGCAGGGCGUUUAUGGCAGCUGGUCCACCUUCCGCAGCUCUCUGAGCAGCGACUACGAUCCGUUCGGGUACUUCGGGGCAGCGCCGGUGGCCGGAGUGGGGAGUGGGCACGCCCUACGCAGGAACAGUCUGGAGGCCACGGCCCAGAACCGGCCCAAGUCUCUGGAUUCUGUUGUGAACAAACCAGGCUGCCUGGAGGAGCAGCCGCAGACUGUCUUCAGCCACAUCCACUACCACCGCCACAGACAUCACCACUAUGAGGAGGGGGAGCACGGCCAGGGGCCGAGCAGGGGCUCAGAUGAGGAGCAGGGGGCUGCCGCCGCCUCCGCUCCGGGUCACAACAAAGACUCCCCGGCGUGCCCCCCAAAACACAGCCCCUGCCACUGCCCCAAGCCAGAGCCCACCGACCGACCCAGCCCGGGGAUGGAGCGGCAGGACCUUGACCAAACGGGACCGCCGGUCAUUGUUCCCCCAAUCCCCCUGCAGCUGCAGCCCCACUGCUGCCACCAGGGCCACGGACACCCCUCCGCUCCUCUAGUGGGGGGGUGUCUACUUGACGGACCCUCCGUUCACUUUCACCAGAGCCUGGACCUGCAGGACGACCGCAGCAUCCACAUCCACUACGGCCAGAGCCCGGCCUACUGCUGCCCGCCGCCUGAGCUGCACCCGGCCCUGCUCCCCGUGCCCCUCAUCUUGGACUCGGCGGGGAUAGAGGAGUGGCCGUGCUGCGGGGGGGCGCAUGUCGUGUGGCAGAGGCAGGUGCAGCAGGCUCACUCAGAGCCUCAGCUCAUGGGGCCCGGGACCUCAAUGGACAGACCCUCCUGCAGGUUCCACCAGGGGCCCUCUGCUGAGCGCAACACGGACAUUUGUUUAUACUGCCAAUCAAUGCACCAUAAUCAGGGAUCAGAAGAGGAGUCUGGGGUGUAAGAAACUGUCUCGUCCCCAUCGCUGCCCAGGAACAAGAACGGAAAAGGUUCUUACAAAACCCCACCAGUAACGGCCUUCACUCAAGCAAAAGUCCCAGCUGCCUUAGGAGGACUCUCAUCCUCAGAUAGUGAAAUUAUAUUCAUUUUGUAAAAAAAAAACAACAAAAAAAAACAAAAAAAAACUUAGAAUAUUUGAUAUAAUAUAUAUACUUUAUGAUUUGAAUGUGUGAAGAUAGGAUAGGGUGUUGCAGGGGAAACAACUCUCCUGGUCAGACGCAGGAGGAUUGUUCACAUGGUCGCAGUUUCCCAAGCUCCUCGGCAACCGCCACCCAACGAAUGGUCCUGCUUUGGGCGUGGAGCCUGCAUGAAGUGAGACUUCGUCUCUGCAUCACUUGCUCUUUUUUCUUUUUUUUUUUUUUAUACAAAGCAACUUGAUUUCUCGUAGAGGUACUUCCCUUUCUCUGCCUUCCUUCGCUGAGUCCGCUCUCAGCUGAGAAAUGCUUUUCUCUCCAGCCUACCUCAGCUCAGAUUUUCUUAACACGCCUCACACAAAGAGAGAGACGGAGGGGACGUCUUUAAAGGUACUGCUGUAGUGUUUUGUUUUAAAUUCCUAUGUAGCUUCCACAAACUCAGCAGGUAGUAGUUCCCUCUCUUGGCAGUCUGGAUUGUUCACACGGAGAGAGAAAGUUUUUCGAUGCUCGGCCCCCCUCAAAACGACGAGCAUCCUCUGAGGUCGCUCAGCCUCGAUUUCAUUAUUUCAGUAAUGGCAGCUGUUUCUUUUUUCUUUUUUUUUUGUCCUUCUCAUUUCUGUUUUUGAUGUUUGCAAGGUUUUUAGUUCUUCAAAACCAGCCGGUUUGACUGAAUUAUGUGAUGGUCAUUACAAGCUAUUGUCAUGUUCUUUUUUUUUUGUUGUCAUUUCUCUUGCUAGUGGUUGUUUCAGUGCUGUUGGGCCCCUCAGACGGAGGCUUCGUCAGAAGGAUGGCGAUCACAUCUUCAGUUUUAUUUUAUUUUGUUUUUUACUCACCUUGACAUUAUGCUGUUUGCUGCAAAGGUGAUGCUUUCCACUCGUCUUCCACAAGCUGUGAAACAAAGCGUAAUUGCCUUGUGGCGCAACUGGUGUAAAAUCAUGUACCUUGCAAAAUGUUCACCUGGUCGAAUCUGUUCACUUUUUCUCAACCUCAAACUUCAGUGGAUUUUAUUGGGGGGGUUUUGUGUUAGAUCAACAAAAAAGCAGUAAAGGGGAGGAAGAAAGGCCGCGUGUUCGGCCUUGGUCACUCUAACUGCGUUUCCAUUGACCACAUAACGGCGAAAUUUGGCAUUUCGAAGAUAAGUUUGCUUAAUGGAAACAUGGCAAUUUUGAAAAAAGCAUUUUGCCGCUAGGAUGAGGAGAUUUUUGGCCGUAUCAAAAUUGGUUUUAUUUUGCCAAACUGCAAUGGAAACACCUUUUUCACAUCACACGUGUCACACGAUCAAUAACCGGAUGCUGGAGGAGGAUCCAGCAUGUUUUCUAUUGACUCGUCAGAAUUAUUCAUGUGUGAUUUUGAUUCCCUUUCUUAAUUAAUAGAAACACAGCAAUAACAAACGUAUAUUUUUUCCGACAUUAGCGGAAUAUUGACAAAUUUGCAAUGGAAAAUUUCAAACUUUAGUUGACUAAAAGUGAUUGACAUAUACAAGAAAAGACUCAAAGCUAUUGACUUGGAGUUUAGAGAAGCUGAAUAUAAAAUGCAUGCCACACCUUUAAGAUCUUCGUUUGUAAAAAAAAUAAAAAAUGGAAAAAGUGAAUUCUUCCACUUCGCAAUAAUUUGCUACUUUGUGUUGGUCGAUCACGUAGAAAGCCGCUGAAAUACACUGAAGUUUGCUGUAAUGUGGGGGGGUGAAUACUUUUGUACUGUACUUUUAUCAGUUUGUCUGAUUCUACGCUGUGGCACCACUUGUACUAGAGCUUGAUAACAGUACAGAAGAAAACACUUGGCAUUUGGAAAGAACAUCCACGUUGAACUCAGCAACACUUUCAAUUCAAGAAAUUUUAACUCUCGACAUGUUUUUUUUUUUUUUCUUUAAGUGCAAAAACGCUUUAAACAAUUGAGAUAUUUGUUACCACUUGCUCUGAUUUAUCCGUUGACCAGCGGAGGGGGGUGGGGGGGUGUGCAUUUCAGUAAAAAAGCUAAAAUACUAAACCGUACAGGAGAAAGUCAGUCUCGCUUCAACAUUUGAUUAAGCUGAGAUCAAACCAAUAAUAAUCACAUCCUCUGAAAGGCUCAGUGAGUAUGUGAAGGGAUUUAUUUUUACUUUUAUUAUUAUUUCAAUUUGUUUUUGUAACUUUUGGGCAGACCUGCUGCUGCUGAAUAAGGGCUUGUGGAAACUGCAGCGCAACCGGUAGCACUUACGAAACCCUCACAUGAUGUGCCUUAUUGAUUCAGACUAAAAUCAGGAAGCUCCCAACGACGACAGCUCUUACCUGCCUAACCAAAGAGGCAAAAAAAUGAAAAAAAAAAUAAAAAUCCUGAACUCAGUGAACCCUGCUGUUAUGCGUAGUGCCUUCUCGUUUUCUCGCCCUUCCUUUGAAUUUUUCCGUGCGCCCGACAAGAGAGCACAUGUUCAAAUAGACGUGGUAAUAAUAAUUUUGGGCAAUCAUGCAGAAUCUAUCACCUGUAGUCCUUCUUACAAAUACCUCACUUUGAAUGUGCCUUUAGCUAAUGUAUGGGGGGGAGGGGCUGACUUUUGCUUUUUUUUUUUUUUCCUUCCCAAACGGUCCCAGGGACUGACAUGGAAAUGACUGAAUUAUUAUAAUAAGCACUUUGGCCUUAAGAUUUUAUACCGAAAUGAGUUUAAAUUCCUAGUAUUAGUGCAAGCCAGCCCACAAUCAUCAGCAUGUGAAGAGUAGCAUUUACCACAGAACAUCUGGCACGAUUUCAUCCUUGUUCAAGAUCUUUCUCUUUGUGUUGUUUAUGUGUUUUUGUUUUGUUUUUUUGCAAGAAUUAGGAGCUGAAAAUGCCUUUUGUAAUAGAGUCAAGAGAAAAAAGAAAGAAA